GGCUGCAGUUCAAUCACAGGCCCUUUCUAAGGCUAUGCCGCAGAAAAUUUACUGUAACCAGUAAAGAAAAACUCCAGCCUGAGUUGUUUUUUCCCCUUGUUAUGUUGUAUAUCGGUUAUGAAUUCAGAUACAUUGGCCAGGUAGCGUUGCUGCCAUGCAGAGUAAGGGUCUGAUAUUUUGGUCAUCACGUGCACGAGGUUUGUGGUAAUGAAACGCUGUGAAAUGGCAAACCUCAAGAAGAAAUGAAAGGAUUGACUGUUUUCUAAAUGAAGAGAAAAUACAAAAAAACGGAGAAACAAAAGGAUUUUGGAAUCCUUGUGCAGGACUCCCUAAAGGUUAAUUUGCAACAUGAGUCUGUGGUGAGGAAAGCAAAUGAAAUGUUAGUAUUCAUUUCAAGGGGCAAGAAUAUAAAAGCAACAACGUAAUGUUGAGACUUUAUAAAGCACUGGUGAGGCCUCACUUGCAGUAUUGACAGCAGUUUAUCUUAGAAAGAAUGAGUUAAAGCUGGAAAGGGUUCAAUGGAAGUUCACAAAAAUGAUACCAGGAUUCUGCGGGGCCGAUCAGCGACAGCAGCUGAGCUCGACAAAUGAGUACUUCUCGCAGGUCAGAGUUGGUGAUUUAAAACAAGAACUUUGUGGGCGUUGGUCCAUUGUGCGGGGCCUAUCAGUGGCGGCAACUGAGCUCGAAUAACUAAAUAAAAGCACAGAAGGGACAAGCGGAGCGGCCAGUGGCGAGAGUAGAAGCGACAGGCGUUUGACCAUUCAGGCUUCGGCAAAGUAAGUGGGAGGUGCCACAAUGUCGGGGAUACAGGAGCUGGACCUUCCGGUGUCUGAGAGCUUCCGUCUGACAGUUCAGACCCACAUCAACUGGGAGAUGGUUUUGACACCAAUGUCCACCUCUGUCGCCAUUCUCGCUGAUCUGGUGCUUCAGGCAAAGAGUGGGAAGGACUUUCCUUUCCUUCAGGACCCCCAGAGUUCAGAGAAUCCCAAGUCCUUCCAAGGGAGCCUCCUGGACAUUUGUCUGAAAGCUCCAAUCUCCUUCCAAUCAAUCCAUAACAACAUGUGCAAAAUCCACAGCAGUUGUGAGAACAUGCGGCACCUCCUAAAGCUGGUGAGGGAGGAGCCUGGUGAGGGAACAAGCCUCCCCCGGAAUGUGACGAGGAUGGAGAAGAGCAUUAACAAGUGCAGGGAUGCUGCACAAGAUGUGGAGGUGGAGCUGUCCUCCCUCAACCAGCAGCUGGCUGAGAUACUGGGGAGGUGCUCAGAGACCCAGAGCUGCAGCCACGUUCAGCUCCAGGACAUACGGAGAGCCCUGGACCAAACACAGCAGAGCAUCGAGACUGUCAAGAAAGAGAAAGAAACACUGGAGGAGGAGUGGAGCCGAGUUUCCCUGGAGCGGGAGAAGAUCAUGGAAGAACUGAACGAUGUCAGGUCUCGGGCUUUUACUGACGCUCUGUUUGAGGAAGGGGCGACAAAACUUAUUGAGAAUUUACCUCGGUUGCUAGACCUCCUGGGCACAGUGGCCAACCCCACCGUUCUAGUGUCGGAGCUUGGGAAUGUAGCCAAGUUCAUUCUGAGCGAGGUCUCUGCUCUGAAGAACAAAGAUUCCAGUUCUGCUCUCAGAACCCUACUGGACGAGGUGGAAAAGAAGGCCGCGGAGAAGAUCGAGUUGAUCCAAGUCCGGCUGGACAAAGCUGGGGAAGAAUAUGAGGAACGUCGCAUCAGAGUGGAAGAUCUGAGCAAACAGAGUGCAAAGCUGGCGGAGGAUCUCACCGCCCACCAGACAAAGGAGCUGGACCUCAGCUCAACCCUACUGCUGAUGUCUAAAGAGGUGGAGCUGCUGCAGGGAGUCAGAUCCAACUGGUCGCAGGCCAUGGGCUUCAUUCAGCUCAUCCCCAAAUUGGUGGGAGAUUGUCAGAAGAUAUUGGAGAAGGUGGGCGGCGGGGGGAAUGGAGCCAGUCCACAGGCGACAGUGUUCCAGGACCAGAUGUCCCAGGCAGACACCAUCGUAGCCCUCCUGUGCACCAUGGCAGAAACAUUUAACAAGGUUUAUGAAGACUACCUGAAGGUCCCACUGAAUGAUUUGCUCGAUGUCCUGGCCCAGGAGGGAAUGGACUACAAGCUCAAGAGCAUCAAGAGGAAAUGUCAGAGUGCGGAGGAGGAAAUCCAUCGGCGGGCAAAAGAUGCUCGAGAGGAGUUGGGGCAGAAAAUUAAGCAGGGGAGUCUUGCUCUCAGGAACCUGGCCGCACAGCUAGGCCCCAGGGGGUGAGG